UUUUUUGUGAAUUUGCAUUGCAUUCAGAAAUUUGCUUUCCACUUUUUUGUUUUACAUGUUGUGUCUUUGUCUUGAAAUUUUGCUCACCUGAAAACUGGUUAUCUUGCUGGGAAACAGCUAUUUGUUUUCAUCUUAAAAACCACAUUAAAAAAAAAAAACUUUAUUAAUAUUUUGGUUAUAUAACCAUUUCUUUCUUUUUUUUUUCUUCUUUUGUAAAAUUUAAUUUGAUCUGUGAAAUAGAGCAGUUUUCAAAGCAUUAAUAUCUGCUGAAAAAAAUGGAGUCAAGGGAAGCUAUAGCUCCAGAAGCUCCAUCAAACUAUCAUAUGGUAUCAAGAACAGAAUCUACUCCUAUACCACCUGGUACAUUGGCGGUGAUUACCCCUCCGGUGGCUACCGCCUUUCCAAUUAGCUCAGAGAAGAAGAAAAGGGGACGUCCUAGGAAGUAUGGGCCUGAUGGGGCAGUUGCAAGGACAAAUUCACCUAUGCCUAUUUCAGCAGACUUCUUGUCGAAGAAAGUGAGUGUUGCCCGUCCUGCAUCGGAGAAAAAGGCUCGAAACAAAGUGGGGGCUGAAAAUUUAGGUGAAUGGAUUUCAUGUUCAACAGGUGGCAACUUUUUGCCUCACAUGAUCACAGUUGAAGCUGGUGAGGAUGUUACCAUGAAGAUAAUCUCAUUUUCUCAGCAAGGACCUCGAGCUAUUUGCAUUAUUUCUGCUGUUGGUUUGAUAUCAAAUGUCACUCUACGCCAGCCAAAUUCAUCAGGGGGAACUCUAACUUAUGAGGGUCGAUUUGAAAUCCUUUCUUUGUCUGGAUCCUUUACUCCAACAGAGUUUGGGGGUUCUCGUACUACUAGCAGAACCGGAGGAAUGAGCAUUUCUUUGGCAAGUCCUGAUGGACGUGUUGUCGGAGGAACACUUGCAGGACUGCUAAUAGCUGCUAGUCCUGUCCAGGUUGUAGUGGGAAGUUUUCUACCAAGCAACUACCAAGAGGCCAAGCCAAAGAAACAGAAAGCAGAACUCAAAGCAAUAACUUAUGGAACGCUCUCUCCUGCUGCGCCCCAUAGCUCUAAUAUGGAGGCUAGAAGUUCCAAUGCACACACUGUAAAUGUUCCCGCAGCUGGAACUCAAAAUGUUAUUUCUUCUUCCAUUCAACCAAAUCACUGGACGGCCAUGCCAUCUGUUCAAGAUUCAAGAAAGUCUACUACAGAUAUUAACAUAUCAUUGCAAGGAGAGUAAUCUGAUCCCUCUACGUGAAUUCAUUCCCAGAUUGUGAAAGCACUUCAUACGCCCAGUACCUGAAUAGUAUAACUUGUCUGAUCGGCAAUAACUUUUGUUAGGAUAGAAUAUGUUGUUUCAUCUGAAGAGCAUCUAUCAUUAUGGUGUAAUUGUAGGGAACUUUUUGAGUGCUUUAACAUUUAACGUGUUUGGUCAAACAGUUGAAGGUUUGUAGUUACACUCAAAUUGUUACUACUCUUUUGGGUGGUUUCAGAAAAACCUCAAA